CGCUGUCGGGGAGCGAUGGCGGCGCUGCUCGGGGGGGCGGCGGCCGCGCUGCUGCGGCGGGGACCGGGACCGGGACUGGGAGCGGGAGCGGUGCUGGGAGCGGGGCAGCGCCGGCACCGGCACAAGGAGAAGUGGGCUACCACGGCCCCCCGCAUCCCAUCCACACGGCUGGCCCUGCACCACUUCGACACGAGCUACAGCCUGCACCUGGGGGAGCUGUGGCCCUCUGUCCGUGCCGGGCUGCUCUGUGAGCAGAAGUACGGCGCCCUCCUCAACAACUUCUCUGCUGUCGACCACGUCACCCAAGAGCUGGAGCUGCUGAAUGCCACCGAUUUCGUUUCCGAAGCCCUCCAAAAGGCACAGCAAUCACAGCGGGGUGCGGCUGCGAGGGAAGCAGUGAGAGGCUCCCAGGAGGGCUGUGUUCAGGGCAGGACUGUGAUACAGGCAGAGACGAUGACACAGGCAGAGACAUCGCCACCGUUUCGUGCCUCCAUCAGCCCCAAAAUCAAGUGUUACACCUUCCCCAGGGGUGACAUCACACGCUUUUGCCCUGCACGGCCAGACAUUUUGGGGCUCCUUGGUUAUUAUCUCAUGGAUGCAGCAUCUGUCCUGCCCGUCCUUGCACUCGAUGUGCAGCAGGAUGACCUUGUCCUUGACCUUUGUGCAGCUCCGGGUGGCAAGACUCUGGCUCUGCUGCAGACUGGGCUUUGUGUAAGUGGAGGGCAUCUGGCAGCCAACGAUGUCUCCAUUUCCCGGACAAAGAGGCUGCACCAGAUCCUUCAUAAGUAUGUUCCCAGAGAAGUCAGGGAAGCUGUGAGUGUCACAUCCUACGACGGAAGGGACUGGCAGGAUGUGGACGGUGGCACUUUCCAUAAGGUGCUGGUGGAUGUGCCCUGCACGACAGACAGGCACUCUGCCAUGGAGGAGGACAACAACAUCUUCCACAAGAGGCGAACCAAGGAGCGUCAGAUGCUGCCCAUGCUGCAGCUGCAGCUGCUGAUGGCUGGGAUCCUCGCUGCCAAGCCAGGAGGAGACGUGGUGUACUCCACGUGCUCGCUCUCCCCGCUGCAGAACGAGUGUGUGGUCGAGAGAGCGGUAGAAAUUGCAGAAACCCAGUUUAACGUCAGUGUCCACGUUGAGGACUUGAGCCACUUACGGACGCUCUUCCAGGACACGUUUUCCUUCUUCUCAGACUGCCGGCUGGGGGAGCUUGUUCUGCCUCACCUCACAGCCAACUUUGGACCUAUGUAUUUCUGCAAAUUACGUCGGAUGUAGAAGGGGCAACAGACUAUGUCUGUUUGCUGUCAGGAAAUACCCCAAAUUUCCAGGGGAAGUACAACUGCUUUAUAUUUAUUUUUCUUUUUAAAGUGUCCCAAAGGAAGCCUGCUUUUUUACUGCAGGCGUAGAAAAUAAAUGAGAAAGACCUGCUGUGAA